GUCCCGCCCUCCCUCACUCACUCCCACCAGCCAUUUAGGCAUGCAAAACACAAAAAACACAGCACAUAAGUCAACCUUAAUGAUGUCUGAAUCACGGUGAGCACGGCUGGUGUCGGACAGAAAGAUGCAUCCACGUACAGACGCGCUCAGACUCCGAAAUGGGAUUUAUUUUAAGGAAACUUUGUUUGGAGUUCAACAAGUCAGAAGCUUGCUGGUCAGACUUUGAGCCUCUUUUCCCACUUCAUGGAUGGAAAUUAAGCGGAAGGAAAGCAAUGCUGGUAUACUCGCGCUUGCGUCAGUUUCCAUAAGGUGUAAAGUUUUGUAAAGUUUUGAUUUGUUGUGUAAAACACAGCCAGGUCAAUGGGGACGCGGCGUUAGUUUACAGGUUGUAAAAGCAAACACACACAAAAAGGCUCUGGAUCUAUCGAUGAACUAAAAAAAAAAAAAAACGAGUGAAUUUAAACGCCAAAAAUUCGCGAAGGAAGAGAGACAGGAUGGCAGAGAAGGAGACCCAAAGUAAAGCUGCGGUUUACCGGAGUGUCUCUUUCAAAAAGCUGCACAACUGGAAGGCCAAUAAAAGGGCUUCAGGCGCCGAAGAUCAGCGCCACGGCUCGGAGGAUUUGGAGACUGGAGGAGCCCUUCCCCCUCCGGCUGCACAGCCCUUGGAUAUGCGCAGUUCUGCUGUGGCUAGAAAAGUUUCCAAAAUCUCAGCAGCCAGCCUCUCGAGGGCAGAGCUGAAGAAGGGCUCCACUCAUACCAUUUCACCCUCAAUCCGCCAGCUCUCUGAAAAGUUUGGAACCAACACAAAUUCAAGCAGUACUUCAGUCCUUCAGUCUACAGUUUCACACAGGAUUAGAUCUCCAGAUGGAUCAUCUUCCCAGGACAUUUCAGGAUGUUUCCCUGAUCAGAGCAAAAAUCUUUCUGGAACCCUGACAGACAAAGCUUCGGAUCAUAAGUGUCAAGAGUCCGUCUCUGGCUCGGAUUCGGAUAGAGGUCAUAAAAGGAAAGUUCGAAAGAUUGGAGGUGGCACAAGGGCAGGUAAGACCGAUCAUUCUGAAAUCAGUGAUGGCUCUGACAGCUUUAGUGGUAACACUAUAAAUUCAGAAGAUGAUAUUUUUGUCCUAGGAUUUUCAACAUGCAAGUCUUAUCGCCGCCAUCGCUCUUCCCAAGGUGAAACUAUUCACAUAGAUUCGAGCUGGCCGAGCGUUACAAAAAUUAGAGAGCUUUUUGGGGAUGGUCACAGAAAGAAGAACAAGUCUAUGUCAGAUGGAGAGGACUUGAAAUCUGAUGACUAUCACAUUCACCAUUCUUACAGCACAAAAGACGGCAACUCAUCUUCAGACAAGAGCGACAGGCAGUCGCCACUGCAGUCAGGAGGACACUGGCAGGACACAAACAGUUCUGAUCAUGAUGUUAACAGACACAGGGGUAUGGACUCUGGUUUUAGCACAGGAAAGCAUUCUCAUGAUGGUGAUCUUAGCUCUGUGACAAGAAAACAAUUAGCAGAAAUAAGUAGGGUCGAGACGCAGAAAAGUAGUACAAAGGGCUGGACAGACAGUGACCCCCGACCCACUCCACCCACCCCUCCACCUCGUACUAGUUCUGUUGCACUGCCUCUCAGGUCCCAUUCAUGUGCUUACACUGAGCAGGAGCAGAAACAGGGGACGAAGCAGCCGCAGCCAUCAGAUAGUUUGCAUUCUUCACAUAGUUCCUCAAAACCACAGACGGGCUCCUCCGUGGAACCGGUCAGCACUCAUGAGAGAUUGAGCUCGGGAGAAGAGGAGGACGAGUCUGAAGGGCAGAAAGAUAAAAAAACACGUUUGUUUGUGCAAAGCAGUGAAGGAACUGGAACACAUAUUUUCAGGAACAAGCAUGAGGCCUGGAUCAAACUUUCUCAUAGGUCUUCAGGUAGCGAGGAAGACAGCCCAGCAGGAUUAGCUCAUCAAGUUCGGCGUCGUUCCUUGAGAAAAAAAAAGAAAAGCAAUUGCAGUAGAGAGAAUGAGGAAUCUGAUGACAGUGACAACCAACUCAUGAUGAUGGAGCACCUGGAGCGCCACCAGCGUUUAUGUGAUUCCCAAAUGGAAGGACAUAGGCUUGACAGCCUGCGGUCUAAGGCCUGCGUUAGUGGACAAAUGUGGGAGAGAGCACGAGGGUCCUCUGUGGUUCAGGACAGUUAUAGGAAUUUGUGUAAAGCUUCUGAAGGACAAGUUGGUCCCAGUAAUGUCCCAUUUGUAUCACGCGUGUCAAAGGUAACCAUUCCCUCAUUUCUUUCCACCCCCUUGGGGUCACGCUGUAAUAGCAGAUAUUCUAGCACUGAAACUCUGAAGGCUGAAGAUCUCAUGAGUUCAACCUCCAAUAGAGCCUCAUCUUCUGUCCUAAGCAAAACAUAUCAUGGCAAUGCUACUAUGUACCGCUCACCUAGUUUUGGACAUGGAGACAAUUUUUCUCGUGCUCCUGUUCGUGUUCGUCCACGAUUGGUGCCUAGCUUGAAUCAAGGAGAAGGCACUCCUAAUGCUGUAGAAAGCAGACUUGGUCGCCGUCCUGUCAGUCAUGAAAAAGAUAAAGACAGAGUAUCAAUGUCAAAUCCUGAUAUUGCUUCAGAAACUCUGUCACUGCUGAGUUACCUGAAAACUGAUUUAUCCGAGCUAAGGAUGAAGAAGAGAGGCCAAGAUGCUGAGGAAAGUCUGAACUCAAGCAAUCUGGGUCUUCAGAGCACACCAACUAUGUACCGAAUGGGCUCAAGAACUGCAGGGUUGAACUCUAGAAGGCCCUCACUAAAGGACCUAACUGCUACUUUGAGAAGGACAAAGUCUUUCACUUACUCAGAGAAACCUGUAGGGUCAGCUUUAAGGAGUUCCUCUGAGCAAAGGCUAAACUGUGAAAGUGAUGGCGAUCGUGUAGUCAUAUCUGAUAGAGAGGUGGAGAGUGAUGAUUGCAGAGGUUAUGACUAUGAAGAGCCAAUGCCAACCCCGCUACAAGAUCACUACAUUCAGGAAGCAAGACAAGUAAUAAGAGAUAUUUGUCAAAUGAGUGCUAAUAAGGAUUAUGAUGAUAAUGAUAAUGAUGAUGACAUAGCAGGGCUUAAAAGAAAUGGGAAUUUUCACAUGGUGGGUGCUAAUAAAGAAGCUAAUAAUAUGAAGCAAGUGGAGAGGAUAGAUGGACAGAUUGUAGAGACUGUAAACAAAAAGGAAGCUGAUAGAGAAAGUGGGAAAUGCAUACCAAAAGAAAAUUCAGGGGAGAAAAUUUUUGGUGAUAAGUCAUUGGAUGAACUUUCAGGACAUGAAUCAAGUCUGACAGAUGAAGGAAUUGUCACAGAGCCAGAGGCUGGCUUAUAUGGAGGGCUAUCUUCUGGCACAGACUUACUAGGCCAGACGCUCACUGUUUGGACUCAGUCUGGACUAUAUGAGGAACAGUCACACAACAUGAUGCUGGAGAAGUCUCUAUCUACUCCUGCCUCAUCUGUGAGGACAGAAUAUGAGGCAGUAGCUAUAGGUGGAGAUGUAAGCAUCAGUAAAAAUCAGGCUUCUUUAGAGGCUCCGCCUACUCCUAGUGCUCUUCGAAGACGGAGGAAAUUCUCCUCAGCUGCCAACAAUGGCUCAGACUCCAGCAAUGGAAGUAAUGGGGAGUCAAAUGGUGAGUCUGCUUACCGUUCUCUCAGCGAUCCCAUGCCACAUCGAAGUCGCUCGGUGGCAGAGGAUGGUAGUAACAGCUUUUCUGUGGACAGCAACCUACUUGGCUCACUCUCUCUAAACUCAAAGGUUGGUGUAAGUGCAGAUUCCUCUGCAGCUGAUCUGUCGGAGUAUACCGGCAGUGCAGCUAGUGACCUGUCAGUGUAUAAUGACUCGCUGCGAGAUUACAGCACCGUGAUACAGAGCAUAGUGCAUGAACCCGGUGCAAUGGAUAAGCUCAUUGAUGAGAAGGCAAAUGGAAAAGCAGUGAAAAAGAAAAGCUUUAGUGACCCGAGCAGGCGGGGUGAACUGGCUUCUCCAGCUCUUGAAGUCCCAAAACAUUCUGACGAACCUAUUAAUGAGUUAGAGCAGCCCAUUCCUCCUUCAAGCAGUGAGCCGAUCUUGUCAGAGCAAAGAGAUGAGCUGUGGGAGCUAAACAGUGAGCAGUAUCGGCAGUAUUCGAACAGGAGUUCACAGUCCCACUCAGAGCAUGUUUUACCCUCCCAUCUUGACCGCAAUGGAGUUAAUAAAAUGUGCAAUGAGGAGCCAAAUUUGCCCUUUGACCCAAAGCUGGCUCAGGUGUUGUCUCCUUGCAUAAGUCGUCGCGGUUACAAGAAACGCACACACCGUGUCACUCAUCAACAGUCUUGCGAUGAUGGGGACCAGUUAGAGGAACAGCAGGAAGAUCGAACCUAUGAAGAUCUGGAACAUCUGGAUCCUUCCAAAUCCAUCCUGCCUCAGCUUCCUAUACCAAAAAUAAGGCCCAAACAUGUACGCCAUGCCAGUGAGCCUGCAACAUUUGUGCCCAUUUCACCAUCUAACCAGCAUCGUGGCUCUUCCAAAAGCCAUGAACCACAACAACUCUCAAGACACAGACAAGGAGAGGAUGUGACCGAAGAGUACAACCUGGACUUGAAUCCACCCGAGGGGUCCUCAGAUGCCCCUGCUGAAGGGGCUGUUGUGGAAGGUACCAGUUCUGUUCCUGAAACAGCCAGUAUUGACCCCAAACUGCAAAGAAAGUCCAGUGAUGAGCUGAUGCAGGCUCCACUUAAAACCAAACCACGAGUGGAUAUGAGAAGACAUGUCAUGAUGACUCUACUGGACACCGAACAGUCAUAUGUGGACUCUCUGAGAACGCUGAUUCAGAGCUACCUGAAGCCACUUAAGCAGUCAGAUAACCCACCACUCUGCGACCCGUCUCUAGUAGACGAGAUGUUCUACCAGAUCCCGGAAAUCCUGGAACACCAUGAGCUUUUCCUGGAGCAGGUGAUCAGCUGCGUUAACGACUGGCAUGAGCGCCAGACUAUCGGCGACCUCCUCGUUCAGUCGUUUUCCAAAGAGGUGCUGGCUAACAUUUACUCGGCAUACAUCGAUAACUUUUUGAAUGCCAAAGACGCAGUGAGGAUUGCUAAAGAAGCCAAACCUGCUUUCAUGAAGUUCUUGGAGCAAAGUAUGCGAGAGAAUAAAGAGAAACAAGCUUUGGGUGAUCUAAUGAUCAAACCUGUGCAGCGUAUCCCGCGCUAUGAACUAUUAGUCAAAGAUUUGCUGAAACACACUCCAGAAGAUCACCCAGAUCAUGCGCACCUGCUAGAUGCUCAGAAGAACAUAAAGAGAUUGGCUGAGAGGAUCAAUAAAGGACGGCGUAACGCGGAGGAGGUGGAGCGAGAGACACGGGUCAUGCAGGAGAUCGAGGCACACAUAGAGGGGGUGGAGCAUAUCCUGAAUCCCCAGAGGAAAUUCCUGCGACAGGAAAUGGUGAUGGAGGCGAAAUCAGUAGGAGGGAAGAAGGAUCGUUCUCUCUUCCUUUUCAGUGAUUUGCUGAUCUGUACGACUCUGAAGAGGAAGUCAGGCUCUUUACGCCGGAGCUCCAUGAGUCUAUAUUCAGCUGCUAGUGUCAUUGACACCUCCAGUAAAUAUAAGUUCCUGUGGAAACUUCCCUUAGAGGAUAUUGAGUUAGUGAAAGGCUCGAAUCAGGCCACCAACAGGGAUGCAAUCCAGAAGACCAUAAGCCGUCUGGACGAGGACCUCAGUACCCUCGGGCAAAUCAGCAAGCUGUCAGAAACGCUCAGUUUUCCUCACCAGAGUCUGGAUGAUGUGAUAAAGGACCUGAUGGCGUCGGUUCACAGGGAGUUAGCAGAAAAGCAGUCCCUGGCUUUCAGCAUGACCUUCUUGCCCACUAAACUGGAGCUGAGCGCAGCAUCUGUAGACAGCACGUUCAUCUUCGAGUUCAGCAGUCCAGACACACGCAGCAACUUCGAGCAGGCUUUUGAGGAAGCCAAAAAAAAGCUUGCUAUGAACAAAGACGAGUGGGACCCUGAGUUCCUGAAAGCCAUCCCCAUCAUGAAGACACGCAGCGGCAUGCAGUUCUCCUGCGCCUCACCAAGUCACAGCAGCCCGGAGAACGUAUGUGAGGUUUGGGUAUGCAAUAGUGAUGGCUAUGUAGGCCAAGUGUGUGUCCUGAGCAUCAGGGCCGAACCUACGGUGGAGGCCUGUAUCGCCGUCUGCUCUGCUCGGAUCAUCUGCAUCGCAGCCGUGCCAGGACUCAAGAGCAGGGAGCGUGUUGAAACAAGGCACUCUGCUGUUGCACCGCAGUCUGAGUCACCACUGGCUCCUUCUGUUCAACCUCAGCUCCACAUCUCCAUCUCUCGCUCAUCUCCAGAGCUCAGUGAUCCUCCUGCUCCAACAGCACCUGAGCUAGGGCCUUUUGAAAGUGAUGACUCGGAUGACGAAGACUCACCGAGCCCCUCGUCCACGCUGCAGAGUCAAGCGUCACAUUCCACCAUCUCAUCCAGCUACGGCAAUGAUGAGGGAGCAGGUUGUAAGGAUAUAGCCCCUGAGACUACGAGUUCGGAGGAGGAACAGGAGUUCUCCAGCGGGUUUGGUCCACAACGGCUGAGCGUUGAUAGCCCAAUGGAUGGGCGCGCCAUGCGCAGAUCCAGCCGAGGAUCCUUCACGCGCGCCAGCCUUGAGGACCUGCUAAGCAUCGACCCAGAGGCCCACCAGAGCUCAGUGUGGCUCGGCACCGAGGACGGCUGCAUCCAUGUUUACCAAUCAUCAGACAACAUCAGGAACAGAAAGAACAGCAUGAAGAUGCAGCACUCUGCCUCCAUCCUGUGCAUCCUGUAUCUCGACAACAAAGUCUUUGUGUCCCUUGCUAAUGGUGAAGUGAUUGUUUAUCAGAGGGAAGCAGGGAGCUUCUGGGAUCCUCAGAGUUCUCAGACUUUGUGUUUGGGUUCUCCGAGCGGUCCUGUCACUAAGAUGGUUCCAGUGGCUGGGAAGCUGUGGUGUGGCUGUCAGAACCGGAUUCUCAUCAUCAACACCAGCACUUUAACACAAGAGCACUCAUUUACGGUAGGCCAGGACAGUGGGCGGUGUGUGGCCUGCAUGGUGAGCUAUGGUCAGGGUGUGUGGGUGGCUCUGCAGGGCAGCGCUCAGGUUCGUCUCUACCACUCCACCAGCUACGAGAGCAUUGCUGAGGUGGACGUUGCACCUGCUGUUCACAAGAUGCUUGCAGGCUCGGAUGCUAUUAUUCGCCAGCACAAGGCUGCAUGUCUGAGGAUCACAGCUCUCCUGGCAUGUAGAGAUGUGCUGUGGAUUGGGACAAGUGCCGGGGUAGUGCUCACUCUGCCAGUCCCACCAGUGACCUCUAAUGUGUCCACAGGACCUUUGCGGACUCCGCUCGUACCCACCGGGUCUGCCCAUGGACACACCGGCCACGUUCGAUUCCUCACCUCUGUUGAGUUGCCUGAGGGCUUUGACGUCCACUUUCCCUCCCAGGCAGAGUCAGAGCUGAGCAGUGAAGCAGCAGUGCAGCAGCGCCGAUCCUCCACCCUCCUCACAGGUAAAUCCACUCUGCUGGUGAUCAGCGGUGGAGACGGCUACGAGGACUUCAGGCUGAACAGCAGCAGCGAGACAGUCGGACGAGAUGACAGCACCAACCACCUGCUGCUGUGGCGCGUGUGAGCAGCACUACAUAUCAGGCCCCUGUGGCAUGAAAUCAGGCUCCGCCCUCCUUUUUGGCAGCGUGCUGCUCAAGCCUCUGAACCCUGCUACCUCUCUGCAUGAGCAUGACAGAAACUGAAAGGGUCAUUUCUAACAUUUUCUAUGUUUUGUUGUGUAAUCAGUCGUCAAGUUGUACUCUGUGUCUCACACGGUGUAAGAAUCUCGCGCUGCCUGUGUUUUACGUAGUGGAAUGUAUACGUUUAGCGUGACACCAGUCUACAGAGAAGAGCUGAUAUGGAGGAUUAGUCCACGAAAAGGAAAAAGCACUGGACGGAGAAUGAAGGAGAAAAAGAGCAUGAUGUCAGAAGCAACCGCAACGUGGGAAAAAUUAUAUUCUCAUAAUUAGAGAGUAUAACUGAAGGAAGAAUAGAGCUUACGGAUCUAAAGACGGUGAGAUGAACGAAACAGACUUGAGUGUACUGGGAGGAUUGUUUGGAUUCUAAAGAUGACUGGAUAUCUCAGUGUUUCUUGUCCUGCCUCUGUUUAGAGAACGAUAGAUGAUGGAUUCGUUUACACACAGCGUGAUCAACUACUGCUCCGUCACACUGUGAUCGCGUUCGUGAACAGCAAGGUUUUGUCUCGAGCUUUACAAGCGAGGGCAAUACGAGAGUUUGUCUGUACCUAACCAAUGUGCAAUAUAAUGCUAGGGUAUCUACUUAAGACUAUAUUAUAUAUAUACACACACUCGCACAUACACAUCAACUAAAGCCACAUAUUUUUCCACCUCCGCAGUGCAGUCGGUUCAGGGAUUUUAAAAAAUGGCCUGAAUUUCCUUCAUUUAGUUUCACGAGAAAACUUCAGCAUAAGUUUAAAAAAAGACCAAAUCCUUUAGCCAGUAUAGACAGCAGUUACAUGCAAAAACGAAACAUACUGUACAUGAGUUUGAGUUGCAUAAAGAUAUUAAUAGUCUCUUAGAAAAAAGGAUUUCUUAAAGUUUCUUUACUUGGUUCUACGUUUCUAAAAGCCUUGUAAUUUGGACACUUUUCCAAAAGAAAAGUUCUGUUGUAGGAUUGUAGAACCUUCCGAAGAGAAACCAAACAGAGCAAGGUGUUUUUGGUGUUUUCAAUUGAGCAUUUAGAUUAGUUAAAUGGUUAUCUAUUUUUGCUAUUUUUAUUUUUACCAGGAAUAGUAAACUCAAAAAUGGCUGGUUUUCUGCGUAAAAUCUUAAAAGAUUUUUAAGAACCCAUCGAUAAAUAGUAGGAACCAAAAAAACCCACUUUAUCCAUACUAAGAACUCUUGAGGAACCUGCUUUUUUCCCCAGAGUGUGCACCAUCACCAUCAUCUCUGGUGAUCAUGUAAAUAGUUUGGGUAGCUCAAGUUGUUGCCAUGGUGAUAAAACAGCUUCACCCCCAGGCUCCUGCUUUUUGAAUCCAGUAUUUUUGUUUGUUUCUACCAGCUCUUUUGUCGUAGAAAUGUGCAGAACAGUUCAAGAUUGGGAUCUAGCACUGCGUUGGUGGAAACAGGCUUACCUGUAAGAGCAUUCUAAUAAUUGUUGACAUAUUGCCACAACCACAGCCCACUUCUUUACACAUUUUCACACUAUUCUUUCUGUUGUCCAGUUGUUUUUUUGUGUUUUAUUUUUUCCUCUUUUAAAUACGGAGUCCAAUAGGUCAUAUAAAGGAGCAGCAAGUAUGGCUGAUGUGGUUAAAUUUUGUACAGUAUUUAUGUUUUGUUUUUUUGUUGUUGUUGAUGUUGGUGGGGUUUUUUUGUUUUGUUUUGUUUUUUCUUUUGUUGUUGUUUUUUUUUUUACAGCACUUAAUUUAUAAAGACUUCUCUUCUGUUACCUAAAAAGGUGAUGCUGUAUGACUCAUUCAUGCUACUUUCUGCUUCUGUCUGACCCACACACACAUCAGCAACAGUAAUUAGGCUCAUCAAGCACAUUUUAUAUAAACAUUAUGUUUGAGUUGUCAAGAUGAUAGAACCGUAUUAUUGAAGAGACAGAAAAAUGAUAAUGGAAGAACUAAACACUAAAAAAUGUCCAGUGAUCUGAAGGCACCUACAUGCAAUCGAAUCACACCACUGUUUAAAAAAAAAAAAAAGAUUUUAAAAAAAAUAUGUUUUUGAGCUGAGUUUAAAAACUAUUGUUUACAUUAUACAUUAUUUAACACCAGCAAUGUCUUUGCUAGUUAAAGUGAAGAAGGAUCAAGUGUAUUUGUUUCUUUUGCGUGAUUUGCAUUUUCGGCUUAGUAAGCGUUCACACAGGGAGUCCCAGCAGGAAAUAGUGCAGUCAUGUUAUAGCAGAAAACAGUAAAAAAUAAAGGAAACAAUAACAUCAGAACAUGUGUGCAGAACAAACCUGGCUGGCAAAUUCAGUGAAAAUGUAUGCACUAUAAAUACUUCUCUGAUGCAUUAGCUGCUCUGAUAGAUGAGGAGAAGGCUGGAACUUUGCACUCUGUAGUUAGAGCAGCGGUGUCUGAUCAUGGACCGGAAAGGGCUGGAAUGGGUGCAGGGUUUUACUCCAACCAAGCAGAAGCCACACUAAAGUCUACUGAAUGCUAAGAUCAACAGGUGGAAUCAGGAAUGUGACUGCUGCUUAACUGAGAUGAAAACCUGCACCCACACUGGAGCUUUGUGGAUAAGAUCAGACACCCCUGAGCUAGAGCUUGCUCUACAGAGCAAUCAGACAACGUUCUGGUGUAAAUGAACAAAAAUUGAUGUCAAUCAUUAGACACGGUUUGAGCAUUUUGGGGGGUUUAAAGUCAGUAGGUGUUCCUGUGGUCGAGACAGCUACACAGGACAUUUGAGACCUUAUCUGUAAUAUCUAAAAACAAAACAAGGAAAUUAGAUUCAAUUCUCAUUAGAAUAGGUGGAUUUUUUUUUUUUUUUUUUUUUUUUUUUUUUUAAUUUUUGUUUGAUUGACAUCAAGAGAGAGCUGGCGAGGGAACGAUUAGUUAUAGUUGUUAAAACCUAAGUAAUAGAAUAAAAAAUAGUGAGAAAGCAUAAGGGUGUGUAAUGAUUGGCAUUUUGCUGUGGUGGAAAAGGAAGAACACACUCCAGGAUGUGUUACAAGAAAACAGUUGGUUUUGUUUCAGGCCAGGAGACAUUGUUUUGCUGUAACAGCGAACUCCACCAUGUCAUCGUGUUUUAUUUCUUAAACAUUUUAUCUGCUUUAUCUGCACAGACUUAUAAACAGUACUGAAUUAUAUUGAUUGCUGAUCUGUUUUCGAAUAUCUGCCUCUUAUUUCCGAGACACAGGGUAGUGUGUUAUAGCCUGUAAGUGUUGAACAUGUUUCAGAAAAGGUUUACAGUUAAGAUAAUAUACCAAAAGCUGAUAUUGGUAAUUAGACAUUUAGUCCAAUAUUUUGGCAGAGUAACAUGAGUGUUUAGUGCAUCCCAUGAGUCACUUUAGGAUAACGUAUAGAAAUUUCUGGAAAGUUCUUGAAUUUGUCAGGCUGCCUUUAAAGUAAAGAAAGAGAUUAGAACCAAAUGAAGAGAUGAUUAGACAUAUACUGUCAAAAACACAUUUUCAUUCUUGUUUGUUUAGUUUUUUUACCACUUUAACAGAAGCACACAAUAUGAUAUUUUCUAAGACCACAAACACACACACACAAUCUUUGAUUUAGAGUAGAGCUGUCAAACUUUGAUUUUUAUUUUUUGUUGUUAUGUAGUUAGUUUUUCAGAAUUCAGGCACAGCAAUAUAAGUUUUCCCAGACCGACACACACACUUUUUCUUUGUAAAUCAUAUUUUUCCCCAGAAAUCAACAUCUGUUUGUGUCAAUCAAUAUAACGUGUGUAAACGUUGAUCUGAAGCAUUAAACAUCACUUCUUUUUUAAAAGGAUGUGAUAUAAACAUAAUAUAAAAUGUAUAAUACAAAACACAUCCUUUUAAGCAUCAUCUGUAUUUUAUUGUUCUGCAUUUUAAUCUCACAGUUUUGGUUUCCAUUUGCUUUCAUCAGUAGAUGAUGGGAAAGAGUGAACAAACUCUUCCAUCUACUCCCUCUUUUCCCACGGGAUAUAACAGAAGCAGCAUAAACGUGAUAGUAAUAUAUUUCUGCAGCUGUAUGUGACAAAAGGGUUUGACUCAAAGUGAUGAUCUGUGUAUAUGGCUGUGUAUGUACACAUUUAUGUAAUUUAGCUUGAUUCAGUGGUCAAGUGUGGGGAAAAAUCUACUUUACUUACUGAUGUUACUGCAAGCAACAGAAUUGAGAGCAUGUACUGUAUCACACAGACAUAGGUCACUCAUUGUCUCGGCUUGAACAGAGUGCCAGUUGGCUGUUUAUUUAGCAAACACUAGCUCUGUGAGAAUGUGUGUGUGUGUUUCAGUCAUGCGGGCUUGCGCACAUUAUCCAUGCUUGGGGUGUGUGUGUGUGUGUGUGUGUGUGUGUGUGUGUGUGUGUGUGUGUGUGUGUGUGUGUGUGUGUGUGUGUGUGUGUGUGUGUGUGUGUGUGUGUGUGUGUGUGUGUGUGUGUGUGUGUGUGUGUGUGUGUGUGUGUGUUGAGGUUUUCAUUCAUAGUAGAACCCUUGUGAUCUGUUGUGAAAGUUUUCAUCCGGUUGGUGCUUUUGCAUGUCCUGAUUUUGCAAAUUUGAUCCUCCAAUCAGAAACACAAUAACAUAACAUCACUGCUAGUCUUUCUUUUCUUGAUAUCUUGAUUUAUCUCAUAGAAUGUACAUAAUGAUAAUUACUUACAACUGCUUUAACCAACAAAGGUAUUAGCUGCUGGAACCUGAGCAUUUUUUAACGAUACAAAUAAAAGACCAUGGUGUUGGAUUUGAUCCAUCACUGCCUAGCUUAGCUAGCCUUAAUGUGACCUCUAAAGCUAUCUGAAAACCUAGCCAAUGUUGUGUCAGCAGUAGCCGGUAGCUAGCCAGCCAGCUAGCAUCAGGUAAGCUACCAUAUUUUGUAAGGAGGUAUGGUGUGCAGUGGGCCAGAGCAUCAGACUCCUCAGUUCUUCAGCUCUGCUUACUCUCUUUAUGGAGUUUUGCACAUUUGCCAAAUGUCGUUCUACUUCUACAGAUUUCUCCCAGUUCAUAGAAACAAGCCAGUAUGCCAGCAGAAAGUUUCCAGGGUAUGUUCACAUCUCAUGGCCAAUGAAAGUUACCCUGACCCUUACCAGGAUAAAGUGCUUAAUUAGGAUGAACGAAUAAAUUGUAUUGUAUAAUUAACUCUGACCAAGUUACCUAGCUAACUUUAAGCAAUCUGUUAUCAGUGAUUGUCUGAGCCAUUUACACUUACACUAUAAAUUCCCCAGUUCCAUCUCACCUGCAGCUACACUCAUUUUUAGAUUUACUGCAGUUAUUGAAGAACUGAAUAAUAUGCUGAGGGUGUGUGUGUGUGUGUGUGUGUGUGUGUGUGUGUGUGUGUGUGUGUGUGUGUGUGUGUGUGUGUGUGUGUGUGUGUGUGUGUGUGUGUGUGUGUGUGUGUGUGUGUGUGUGUGUGUGUGUGUGUGUGUGAGAGAGAGAGAGAGAGAGCUCUUUCUAGAUGUUAAUGUUAAAAAUGUGUGUUUUGGUGUGCUGUAUCUCCACAUCUAGAAAAUCAGACACUGAGGGCUGAUGAUUUUGUGGCAUUUCGAAGAAUCGUGCUUUAUUUCACACAGUGAACAUGUCUAGAGAAGCAUAUUUUCAUACGAUAGCACAUAUACGUACGAGCAAAACAACUAUCAAAUCUGUAACUCCAGUGUGUUUGUAAGUAGCCUUCCAGCCAUAUUUUUGUGUGAAGGAAGUCAUUGUGUUCAUUGUAAAUUUGGAUAUAUAUUACCAUUUUUCUGUACAUAGUGCUCUCUCUGUCUAUACUGUUGAUAUAAAUCUGAUGGCAUAUUUUUAUAUACUUGUUUAAGUUUUCUUGGUUUGGUUUUGUUUUGUUUUUUCCUUCAGCAUGUCCUCUGUACUGCCAUAUUUAAAUAACUGUGUUGUCAUUUAGAAGAAGAGCCUCAUUUCUCUGUCCCAUUCCUCUUUAUGCUUCUUGUGGGUUUCUAUGAAAUUAAAAACGAUCACUGGUUCCCAGAUCA